CGUUACCGGUCAGAUCUUAAAAGGCCGGGCAGUGCGUGUGGCAUCCCGAUAGAGCCGGAGAGGAGCAAGUGGCAGUGCUGGGUGGCGGGAGCGCGGCUGUCACUGUGCUGGAGCAUCCCUGAGCUUCUGAACAGAGCCGACCAGUCAGCCAGCAUUGCGCGCCGCCGCCAGCCCGCGCCGAUCUCAUCCGUCUCGUGUCUCCGCUCAGGCGAUCCUCCAAGACUUCGCACAAAGCACAUUUUUCAAAGCAGCUCAAGGGAGCGCCCAGCCGCGUACAGGCGGACGCACCCUUCCUGUCCUUUGUUCCGGGGGGAUCUGCAACUGCUCUUCUCCCCAAGUCGGAGUCUCUUCUCCUGGGGUGGCGGCGGGUCGCCGAGUGCAGCUACGAAAAUGCCUUUGGAACUGACUCAGAGCCGGGUGCAGAAGAUCUGGGUGCCUGUCGAUCACCGACCCUCGUUGCCCAGAACCUGUGGGCCGAAGCUGACCAACUCGCCAACGGUGAUUGUGAUGGUGGGCCUCCCAGCCCGGGGUAAGACUUAUAUCUCCAAGAAGCUGACUCGCUACCUCAACUGGAUAGGUGUUCCCACGAAAGUGUUCAAUGUGGGAGAGUAUCGACGUGAGGCCGUGAAGCAGUUCAGCUCUUACAAUUUCUUCCGCCCUGACAACGAGGAAGCCAUGAGAGUCCGAAAACAGUGUGCCUUAGCUGCCCUGAGAGACGUCAAAAGUUACCUGACGAAGGAAGGAGGCCAGAUUGCAGUUUUUGAUGCUACCAACACUACUAGAGAGAGGAGACACAUGAUCCUUCAUUUUGCCAAAGAAAAUGACUUCAAGGUAUUUUUCAUUGAGUCCAUAUGUGACGACCCUACUGUUGUGGCCUCCAACAUCAUGGAAGUUAAAAUCUCCAGCCCGGAUUACAAAGACUGCAACUCGGCAGAAGCCAUGGAAGACUUCAUGAAGAGAAUCAAUUGCUAUGAAGCCAGUUACCAGCCUCUUGACCCUGAUAAAUGUGACAGGGACCUGUCGCUCAUCAAAGUGAUUGACGUCGGCCGGAGGUUCUUGGUGAACAGAGUGCAGGACCACAUCCAGAGCCGGAUUGUGUACUACCUAAUGAACAUCCACGUGCAGCCCCGCACCAUCUACCUGUGCCGGCACGGGGAGAAUGAACACAACCUGCAGGGCAAGAUCGGGGGCGACUCGGGCCUGUCCAGCAGAGGCAAGAAGUUCGCAAAUGCCCUGAGCAAGUUCGUGGAGGAGCAGAAUCUGAAGGACCUCCGCGUGUGGACAAGCCAGCUGAAAAGCACCAUCCAGACCGCGGAGGCCCUGCGGCUUCCCUAUGAGCAGUGGAAGGCGCUCAACGAGAUUGAUGCUGGUGUGUGUGAAGAACUGACCUACGAGGAGAUCAGAGACACCUAUCCUGAGGAGUACGCACUGCGUGAACAGGAUAAAUACUACUACCGAUAUCCCACAGGCGAGUCCUACCAGGACCUGGUCCAGCGCCUGGAGCCUGUGAUCAUGGAAUUAGAGCGCCAAGAGAAUGUGUUGGUCAUCUGUCACCAGGCUGUCCUACGCUGCCUGCUAGCCUACUUCCUCGACAAGAGUGCAGAGGAGAUGCCAUACCUGAAAUGCCCCCUUCAUACUGUCCUGAAGCUGACACCUGUGGCAUAUGGGUGUCGUGUGGAGUCCAUCUACUUGAAUGUGGAAUCUGUGAGCACACACCGGGAGAGGUCGGAGGCUGUCAAAAUACAACACUUUGCCAGUGUAGUCAGACCUUCCUCUUACACCGAACUUGACUUUCUGUCUGUGGAGUCCGAAAAACAGGAUGCAAAGAAGGGACCUAACCCGCUCAUGAGACGCAAUAGUGUCACCCCACUAGCCAGCCCUGAGCCCACCAAAAAGCCUCGCAUCAACAGCUUUGAGGAGCAUGUGGCUUCCACUUCUGCUGCCCUGCCCAGCUGCCUGCCCCCGGAAGUGCCCACGCAGCUGCCUGGACAACCUUUGCUAGGGAAAGCCUGUCUACGAACUGUCUGUCACAUUUUUUCAAAGUUUUCUCCUUACUAACCUGGGAAAGAACAUGAAGAGCCCCCGGAGCAGUACUGACUCCUCCCAGAAGCACUGAAGCUGAAACAUGGGUUCCGUUCCAUUUCUACAGCCUGCCUUGUGCCCGCUCAUCUACCUGAGGCCAAGCGAUCUCAAGGACUUCCGGACUGGGGGGAGAAUGGAGGUCUUCUGGGUGAAGAGAAACAACACCGCCUGAGAUGUUGGGAUGGCAAAGACAACUAGGAAGUUGGCCAGAUCCUAGCUUCCCAUGGCAAAGCUGCAGCCCUCCCCACCCUCUGUUCUCCUGGGACGUCCAGGGUGUCUGACCUCACAGACCCUACUGAAGCAUGGGAAGGACUGUAGUUCUAGAAGAGGUGAGAUCAGGCCUCUCAGUGGAUGUCACCAUGCUGUUCGGGUUUGUUUCUUUGGAUGCUGGCCCGCCCGGCACGUUGAUAGCCGAGAGACUAGACUGUCAGAGAAUCCUGAAGUUCAGAGUGAGUUAGACCCCAGAUGCUAAGGGAUGUUCAAACACUUGCGUGGCUUUUAUACAUCUUGGCCUGGGAAGAGACCUCAAAGAUAAGGGACUUGGACAAAUGCUGCCCUGGGUGUGGCCGUUAACCUGAGGCUUACUGGUCAGCUGGGCAGUGACAUGCCCUGGCCUUUCCACGCGUCCACAUGCCUUCUAGGUCUCGACUUAAGGGACACACUGGUUGCAUCAGUGUGGAAGGAAGCAUUUUGCUGAAAAAAAAAAAAAACCAGGACCCCCUCUUCCCUGGGGCUCUUAGGCUUUCUGUUCUCCAGCCUGGGCCUGGAGGCACCUGAGCAAAUCCUGUGGCUGGCUGUUUGCUGUUUUGCACUUUCUUUCCUUUCUUCCCCUCCCUCCCCCCCCCCCCCCCCCCCCC